AUGAUAUUUAAAUUGCUAAUAAUUACCUUUAGUUUUUUGAGCUUGGUGUUUUCAAGUGACUAAACUUGCCCUUAAGGAUAAGGAUUUGACCCUUACUAAAAUUAAUGUUUUAAAUGCUCUUAAAAUUGCGAAAGUUGCUAAGUAGGAUUGAACCCUUCUUCUAACUUAUAUUCAGAAUAUUAUUAAACUUGUUAGCAAUGCUCAACGGCUUUUUAUUUAAGCGAAGAUUAUAAAAGCUGUCUAAGUGACUGUUAAUAUUAUUUUGACUCAUUAAAAAACUAGUGCUAAUAGUGCUAAUUAGAGGGAUGUCUUCAGUGCGCUACUUAAAAUACUUGUAAAGUAUGUAAAGAAAACUUUUAGCUAAAAAAUGGAAUAUGCGUCUCUGAUUGUUUAAACUAGUCGCAAUUUCUACUUUAAAAUAGCCAGUGUACCUUUUAGUGUGGAUUAGGACAAACAAAAAAUGACCAGUUUUCAACAUGCUAAACAAUAAACAAAUGCCCUAUAUAAUAAUCUGAAAGCAAUUAAUGUCACACAUACUAAGUAAUAUACAAAUAGACGAUUUUAUCAAUUGAAAAAUAUAUUGAUAACAAUUAAUAAGAAAUAAUGGUCACUUACGAUAAUAUAGGUAAUAUUAAGUUUUGGAGAUAUAUUAGACCUGUUAUAAAUUUUCUUUCAGAGAUUCAACCAACUUUAAGUAAUCCAAAUAACUCAUUGUUUUGCAAAUUAUCUCAAAAGUAAUUUUAUCUCUGCGUAUACCCUAAAUAUAUUUAAGCAUUUGACCUGAAAUCACCACAAAUAUAGGAAAUACAUGCUCUAUAAUAGUCAUCUAGUGGUACAUUGUCUUUUUUUGACUUUGCUUCUUAUAAUGGAACAGAUUAUAUUUGUGUACAAAGUGAAUAAGAUGUACUACUUUUUGAAGUAGUAAAUAUCUUUAAUAAUAACUCUUCUUAGGAUUGGUUUAAAAAAUUUAUACAGUUUCAAGCAGAUAGUAGCUACUAUAUAUGUAUUGUAUAAUUUAGUUAAGAAAUUUUAAUAUACAAAUCAGCAGAAAAAUGGAUCGAUAGCAGUGGUAAAACUUAAACCGGAGUUUUAUAUAAGCAAUAAUUACCUAUAUGCUAUCUUUAUAACAAGUAUGAUGCAAUAUCCAGAGCCACUGAAAAAAUAUACAUCUUAACUGGAGCAAAUAACUAUGCUAUUUUAAUCAUCAAUGAAAAAUCUGUUUAAAGCUGUUAAGAAUUUAUCAUCUAAAAUAUGGAUAUAAACAAUUACUUUGUAAGCUUUCUUUCUUCUGAGACUAAGAUCAUGCUUAUUUUACAGAAUUAAAAAGUUUCUUAUAAUAAUUUGUCUUAUAAAUUAUUCAACAUUACUUCAAACAUAAGCGGCGAUAGUUAAAUUAGCGAAAUAGUAAGCUUUUAGUAAAAUACUCAAAUGAUAUUUAAUUAAAUAUUAGGAGAUAAUGUCAUUUAUGCCAAUUUUUACAUAUCUAAUUACAUUUUCAAAUAAGAUUUGAAUCUUCUAACAAUUAAGCAAUACUUUUUCAAUACAUAUUUUUAUAGUAUUCAUAUUGUGGACAGAGAUAUUGUUAUUACUACUGAUGAGAAUAAUAUUGCUUCAAUAAUCUUGAAUGAUAAUUAAAGUUAUAAAAUAGAUAAAUAAACUAUUUGCAAGACAUAAAAUUACCCAAAUUACCAUUUUGGAAAUUUUGCCUCAAAUAUUUAUGAUUCUUAAGGAUAAAAAUAUGCCUUGCAAGGAUUUCAAUAAAGUUAUUAAUUGAGGGAUAUGAGAAAUGGAGAUAUAAUUUUGAGCACUAACUAUAUUUAAUUAUAUUUUCCUUUACAAAAUAAACUAAAAAAUAGAUUAUAUCUAUUUUAGCUUGGAGGAAUUUUGAUAAUAGAUUUUUCUAAAGACCCUUAGAAUGAAUCAGAGUUUAUAACUUAAGUAGCUAUGCCAAGAGCAUUUUCAAAUGGUAUUCCCUUUUUUGAUAGCGAUGAAAAUUUUUAUGUCUACAAUUUCGACGACAUAAAUUGGAAAUCAGUUGUAGCAUAUGCAUCAAAUGGAUAAAUUAUAAAAGAAAUACCUGCAAGACUAGAUCUAACAUAUAGCUAGGCCUAUAGAUUUUUUGAUUAAGAUAAAAAAAUAGUAUGUCUGGUAGAUUAAACGGAUGCAAUACUUUCAUACUUUGACUUCAUAAAUUUGACAACUUAUGAUUUAAAGCUUUUUAAUGGCCAAUAAGUAGAAAAUAUUCUUUAUGCUUAUUAAACUAUUGAUAAAAAUAUAAUAUGCAUAACAGUAAAUAAUAUGUUUAUUAUAGAUUUUUUAGAUAAUAACUUAAAUUACUUGUAAGUUUAAUACUCUGCCUAUGGAAAGGUUAUUUACUAAAUUGUUUAUGGUGACUUUAUUUUAGCUUCAUAUGAUUUAAACAAGAUCUAAAUUAUACAUUAUCCAUCUUCUUCUGAGUAAACUAUAUAAUGCUCCUAUUCAGUUAGCUAGAUAAUAACAUUUUAUGAUUAAAUUCAUUUUGGAUUCCUUUAAGGAUUUACUUUUAAGCCUUCUAUAUCAUGUUUAUAGUAAACUAUUUAGUAUUUUUCUGAAAGCUACUUAAAUUAAAAAUCGCUAUUUUUAGAUUAAGAUAAUUCUGGAAUCUGUAACAUUUAUGGUAAUUAAGGGCUUAACAAUACUUAGGUUCAAAUGAAAGUACCUGGAUAAAUGUAUCUUGAUUAUAUAUCACUUUCAAAAUUAAAUUAUAUCAAUUUAGCCUCGUGUAUUGAUAUAUCUCAAGAUACAAUAUAUCUUGUUUUAAGGGAUUCAUAAAAUAAUAUGUUUUUAUGCUCAACUUUAUAUAAAUCGCAGCUAAAUAUUAAUAUUAUAGCAUAAAUUAACUAACCAACUCUUACAAAUGUCCAAGGUAUUUAAUCAUAUGGAAACUAUUAAACAAUAUAUUAUGAUAAUGGUUUUAUAAUUUAUAAGAAUGAGUCUAUCCUAUAAAUGAUUGAUAAUAUACCUUCUUAAAUUAAUCAGUUUAUUAUUGAUUUCUAAGAAGAUACUUUAGUUAUAUCAAAUUCAUUCUGCUAAUGGUUCAUUUUUUAGUUUUCUACUGGUUAAUUUAUGUAUUAAAUGCCUCAAGAUUCAAAUUAUGAUCCUAUUCUAAAAUGUACCUCAUCUUUUGAUAGAGUUAACAAAAAUAUUCUGUUGAAAUAAACUACAUAAAUAACAAGCUUUUCAUACAGCUAAAAUAAAACUAAUUGGUUUUUAACAACUAAAAUAUUAGGAAAUUCUCGUAUGAGUAUUGAUAUCGAUCAACUUUCUUAUUACGAUUACCCAUUAAAUGUUAUUGUAGCACCUAACUAAAAGUUAUUAAUUUAAAUAAUGUAUCUUGACGAUUAAUAUACAACUUCGGCUUCUCAGGUUAGAUCAAUAGAUAUCUCUUAGUACUCCUAAACUUUUUCAUAAUAUAACUAGUAAACUUAAUUUACUAUAAUAGAAGAUUUUUAAAAGGAUAUACUUAUUAUAGUAUUUGUAGAUAAUGUGUUCUUUAUUUAAAUUUCAUAAACUUAAAUAAUUCAUUAUCUCAACUUUUAAGAAAAUCUAAGCUAAUCCUAAGCUGGAGGAUAAAUUAUAUCUAUAAGCCUUGAUAAACAAAGCAAUAUACUUACAUGCAUCACAUAAGAAAACAUCAUAAUUUAUGAUUACUCUUCAAUUACUUUCUAUGAUUAUUAGAAUUUUUAUUUAGGUCCUCAAAAUGCAGAUUUAAUUAGUUAUAUCCCAUAGGCAAUAAACUAAAACGAUAAUUUAAUUGUAUUUGCAAGAGAAUUCAAUUACAAUUAAAUUUCUUUUUAUUAAAUCUCUUUGUAAAAUUAAACAAUAACACCAUCUUUAAGCUUUGAUGUGACUCAAGACUAAGAUUUAUAAUUUACAUUAAAAGGAGGACCACUUGGACAAAUAUCAAAUAUAAAUAAUAGCACUAAGUAUUGUGUAUAUUAGAAAGAAUUAAGCUUCUUCCCUGUUCUGCUACUUUAAAACACCAUAACUUCUACUUUAUAUCUAUAAAUUAUAGACUAUGAAAACCCAAAUAGUUUCAAGUUUACAUAGAUAAGUUAGUUAGAUCAAUAAUUAACCAAUUAAAACAUAACAUUUGUUGGCAGCUAAUACAUUUUGUUAGAACUCCAAUAGACAUUUGAUUUAAAAUUAGUAGCUAUUGAUAACAAUGGUGUGUUAAUAAAUUCACUUUAUAACUUGAAAUUACCUGCUUAAAAGCUGAGAGAUUUGUCCUCUUCUAAUCAAAUUCCUCUCUUUUACAAUAAAAAAUAUGAAGAGUCAAAGAUAUCGGAAUAAAUUUCAUAGUUUUUAGUCUUGCAAACAUUUGGACAGGCAAACAUUUAUUCUUUAAUUGAUUUUUCGCUUUAUCUAACUAUAAGGUCUUUAAACAUUACAAGUAUUUAGCAAAUCUAAAUAUUAUCGAAAUCAAUUAUGCUUCUAGCUUCUAAAACAGAAAUUGAUGUGUACUACUUUUCUAAAAAUAAUUAUUAUCUAUUAUAAUCAUUUUAAGUCAGUUUACCUAUAAUUGGUUAUGCUAUUUUAAAUCCUGUAUAGUAACUAAAUACAUAUUAGUUGUCAAUGGUUGUCAGCUCUAAUUAUGAUAUUAGAUUGCUAUAAUACACUUUAACUACAAAUUAAAAUGUUGAUUCUUCAAGAUAUGCUUCAAACUAAUAGUGUGUACUCACAUUCAGUGAUUAUAUUUAAGACUUAUCCCUACUUCAAUAUUCUGUAAAGAUGCAAGCUAUUUAGGAUUAAUUUGUUUCAAAAAACUAUGCCAAUAUUUAAAUUUUAGAGAUAUAUUUUAUUCCACAAACAAGUCUCUAUUUAAGAUAAGAUAUUUUUUAAACACUAACACCAUCUAAUUUUACAUUAAGAUUAUAUUCAGAUUCUCAAAAUGCACUUGUCUAUCUGAUAAAUUAAAAUUAUAAUAAUAUCAACAACAUUUUUAAUGCAAGCAUAGCUAAUUUAGAAAUUUUGAAUAUGAGGCUCACAAUUCCUUAAUAACCAUAAAAUAAACAAUUAAUUACUCCAAUUACAAUUGAUAUAAAUAACAACUAAAACCUUUUAAACUUAAGUAUAACAAAUACAAUAAUUGAUUUGGAUAGCUAAGUUUGUAUUAUAUUUUAAAAUAUGAAUGAGCUCAUAAUUUCAAAUUCAGAAUUUAUCACUUCAUAACAUUUGAAUAAUAGCAGUGCACAGAAUAGCUGCAUGGUUUUAAUUAAAAAUGUCAACUUUGUUUAUUUAGACAGACUUACAUUUAAAAACUUUACCACUUAAAAUGGAUCUCCAUCUUUGGAAUAUAUAAUUGCAUUUGACAGCAUCUAAACUUUAAGCAUAUCAAAUAUUGCUAUUUAAAAUUCAAAUCUACAAAUAAGCAGUAUAUUUAGCUUUUAAAACAUUGGAAAUUUAACACUAAAUAAUAUAUUAGUGAAUAUCACUAAGUCAAAUGGUUCUAUAAUAUCUUCUUCUAAUAUCAAAAAUUUUUUUAUCUAAAGUCUGUAAAUUUAUGGUUCUUAAUUUGAAGGAACAUCCUACUCUUUAAUAUAAACUAUGGGAUCUUUAAUAAAUAAUUUAUAAAAUCUUACAGUUACAAAUAGUUCAGGACCUUCUUUUGUUUAAAUAUAAGAAUAAUUUUAUAAUGAAGUAAUAGUCAUAGUUUCUUAAGUUAUAAUUAAUAAUUUAAUAGUUAUAAAUAGUUAAUUUAAAGAUUAAUAAAACCCUUCAAUCUAUCUAUCAAGUUUAAAUACAAAUGUAGAAAAUAUGAGCAUUUAAAAUGGAAUAUUUAAUAGUGAUGCAAUUUAAUUUUAUUCGAACAUAAUUAAAUUAUAAAACUUAAUUGUAAAUAAAAACUAGAUUUUUGGCUCAUUACUUUUGUUGAAUAGCUUUUAGCAUAAAAAUUUAGGCUCUAAAUUAGACUCUUUAAGUUGUUAGAUAUAAAAUAGUUAAUUUAAUGAUAAUAAUCUAUAAACUGGUUAAGUGAUUUACAUUUUUUAGCAUAGCAAAAUAAUUUUGAAUUACUUGAUUAUUAAUAUGAAUUACCUCUAAGAAUCUUUUUAUGGAACAGUGUCGCUUGAUACAACAAAAAAUAUAGUAAUUAAUAAUUCAAUUUUUUCAUAGAACACUGUUGAAAAGGGUUGCGGUGGGGGAAUAUAUAUUAGUAAUAGCUAAGUUUAGCUAAAUAAUUGUACAAUUUCCUUUAAUUAUGCAGUAAUAGGAGGUGGAAUCAGAUACUAAGGAAUGAACUCUUCUUUAAUUUAUAUAGAUAAACAGUAUAAAUAUCGCCAUCUUGAUAUUUAAUAAUCUUAUAUUUUUAAUAACAAAGCUCUUUUGUUUGGCUAAUAAAUUACCUCUUAUCCAAAAUCAAUCAAAUUCCACAAAGAUUAUACAUAAAUGCUAUCUUAAUUGGUAUCUGGAAAUACUCUAAAUUAACCUCUUAUAUUUUAUUUGAUUGAUGAAUUUGAAGAAGUAGUAAAUUACCCCUUAAAUAUUGAAGCAAAUAAAGUUCAUUAAAUGAUAAUUUAAGAGUUUUAAGGAUAUGAUAUUCUUAUUGUAAACUAAGAUGAGGCGAAAAUGCAUAUAUAAGGAGGAAUUUAAAUUUUUAAUAAUUAUAUCGCUUUUUAACCUUAAAUAACAUCCAAUCCUUCUAGUACUUAGUUUUUAUAAAUUUAACUUUCUUCAAAGGUACCAAUUUAUGAUAUUUAAUAAAACUGUUUCAUAUUAAGCUCAGUAGAAAGUAAUAUUUAAUUAAAAUUUUUGCCUUGCUUAGUUGGCUAAAUUCCUAAGUAAGAAUUUAAUCUCAUUUCAUGUUAUGAAUGUCCAUAAGGGACAUAUUCUUAUAUAAGCAGUUUUUCUAAUUCUGAGACUUAUCAAUGCAGUCGUUGCCCUGAAUAAGCUAGUUAUUGUGAAAAAGAUAUAAUAGUUCUAUAAGAUGGAUACUGGAGAUUAAAUCCACAAUCGGGCAAGGUAUUUGCAUGUUCAAAUCCUUCUAAUUGCAUAUAAACAUAAAACUAGUAUAAUUAUAACUUCACUUCCGAAAUGUCUUAAGAAUAAUUUGAAAAAUCAAUUUGUAAUGUUGGCCACAUAGGAGCUUUAUGCGAAAGUUGUGAUAUUAAUAAUUAAUUAUGGGGAGAUUAAUAUUCUAGAAGCAAUAAUCUUAGCUGUAUGAAAUGCAAAGAUAAUUAUAUAGAUAUUAUUUCUUAUUUCCUUUUAUAUUUAGCUAUUUUGUGCUAUUUAUUAUUCUGUUUUAGGAAAAUAUAAAGAUUCACUACUCAGAAAUGCCUUUUUUUGUAUAUCAAGCGAUUAAAUUUUAUUUGUAUUGGCAAAUCAUCUGAGUCUGAUUAGAAUACGGUUGCUACUAAGAUAUUAAUCAAUUAUGUUUAAAUUAUUAUAAUCAUAUUCUAAUUUACAAAUUUUUCAUAUUAUCUCAAAUAAGUAAUUAGUAUUUUUGGAGACUCCUCAUCUGAUUCGAUAUUGUAUAUCUAUGAUAUAAAGUGCUCAUUUAUCUUCUUAUGGCUUUUCUUUUCCCCAAGCCUUAUAAAUUAUUUUGUCUAAUAACUUAGCUGUGUCUAAAUUGGUGAUUUUUCUUAUGUUUUAACAGAUAAAUAGUAUAUCUGCUUUGGAGAUGAUCAUAAAUAAAAUAUAUUUUUUAUUUUGAUCCCUUCUUUAGUGUUACUCUAUUUACUUUUACCUUUAUUUUUCCUUUCUAAACUAAAAUAAAAAAGAACUAACCUUACAAAAAUUGAAAAUAUAAAAGUCUAUGGCAUUUUAUUUUAUGAGUAUAGAUAAGAAAAAUACUACUGGGAAAUAAUAAAGGCAACUUAAAAAUCUUUAAUUUAUCUUUGCACCUUUUUUGAUAAUAUUGGAUAGAAAGCUUUAGUUUCCUUAUCGGUAUUACUUUUUUAUGGUUUAGCAUCAUUCUUUAGUAAACCAUAUAGCAGUAUUUAACUAAAUAAUCUAGAUUUAAUGGCUACAGUUCUAUAAUUUAAUUCUAUCGUCUUAGCAAUAAUAAUCAAUCAAAUGGGAAAUACAGUUUGGGAGAAUAUUUCUACUAUAAUUAUAUUUUUCUUCAACUUUGUGUUUAUUGUGAGAAUUUUAUUGAAAGUAAUUUUGAGAGAAAUACCUUUUGAUCCUCAAUAAAGAAAUUUGUUUCAUUAAUUGCUAAUAAAAUUAAAAGAUAUAUUUCCUAAAUUUUUAACUAGUUAAAUAAUAAUAUAAAGCUCCAAUCAAUUUUAAGUAAUGAAAAGAUGGAACAAAGUUUAAAAAGAAGUAUAUAAAUAUAUUAGACUUAAGAAAAGAAAUUCUAAUGCACAGAAAAGUAAUAACCAAGUUGAUGAAAUUAUUGAAGAACAAGAACAAAAUAAAAAUUUAAUUAUAUAGAUGAAUUAAUAAACAUCUCUCUACGGUAUAAGCAACUCUUUCUAAAAACUUCAAAGCAUUUCAUAGAUUAGUCUUCAAGGUAAAAUAGAUAGAAGAAAAUCAGGAGAAAGAGAUAAUUUAAAAAUAGAAAAAUUCUAACUCAUGAAGACAGAUGACGAAUUUAUAAAUUACUUUGAGGAAAAUAGCAUCGCAAGAUCUCCAAUUAGUUUUAUAGUUAAAAAGUAAUCUAAGAAUAUUAAUGUAUUUGAAUCUCAAUAAACUCAAGAGAAUUGA